UGCAGCCUCCUCCUCCCCCCUCCCUUCGCCCGAUGGAAACCCCGGGCGUGAUGUCAGCCCUGGGACAGAGCGGGAAGGGGAGGGAGGAGUCAGCGGCGGAGCGAUGCUGGCUGGCGAAGGGACGCGCGGCCGGCUCACAGGAGGAGAGGGCCACUCACCCAGCCACCGGGGAGGAGGCGGGCGCCGGAACUCGCCCUUGGGUGGCUAGGCGGCGGGGUUGGUGGGAGUCGUAGCCUUGGGGCUCGCUCUUGGGCGCGCGCAUGUCUGUCUGGGUGCGGCAGGGCUUCCUCCUCCCUACGGACAGACACUUAUAUUAAUUGAUUGCCUUUUGGUGUGGUUCGCUGCCCGAAACCUCUCCUGUGUUCCCAUGUCUAUUUUCUCCCUUGGUUUUGGUUUCUCGCAGAUCGGCUUUUAGUCUCCCUAAAGGGUUCUCUUGGAUUCUGUGGGGCUGCCCGCAGAAUGGAGGAGAAGGGCCGCAUCUCAAGGAGAGAACUGGAAAGAACUUUAAGGAGCUGCCUGCGACCUUGACUUGGACACCGGAUGGACAGGCUCUGACAUGAUCUAUAAGGAAAUGUCUAGUGGAUGGUUUUCGAGAAGCUAUGAGGACUUCUUGUACCUCGGUGGAGAUUACACUGCCCUUUCUAUGCACCAGGCUGUGAGUUUGAGCAUCGGUACAUCUGGAUGAUAUGUGGAGCCAUGGUUGAUCCUGAGCAGAUCUGGGUGCCAUUUCCUUCUUUCUGCUGCCUCAUGUGUGGGAGAAGAGAGAGCUCUAUUGCCUGUGCCUGAUCCAUCAGCUUUUGCCUCCAUCAUCCACCACCUUUGACUCAACUUUCCAGGAUUUCCUCCAUUGCUUUGCCCUGCCUGCUUCAACUUCAUUUUUUCACCGCCUUUUAAAAAAAGGCUCGGGAGAGAAGGGCGGUUCUCCAAGGCUGUGUUUGUUUGAAGCUUCUGCUGCCCCAUCCUGAGAAGAGAAGAGCCUGCCUCUUCUUCUGCAUUUUCAUCUUUUUGGAACAUAAGGCUUGGAAGUUUCUUCUGGCUUUCUGCCCCAUCCUGAGAAGAGGAAGACUGAAGAAGGAAGACCACCAGAGCCGCAAAAGUGGACUGCAGCAGCAGACAGAGAGAGCCAGACCCGGCGUUUAUGAAUACACUGAGUGAGAGUAGUACCCGUCUGUAGUUUUUACACACACACGCAAACACGUCUCUGAUCUAGUAUUGUGUAUUUUGGGUUUCUUUCCUGCUUGGUGGCAAGGGUCUCUAUUAUCUGGAAUUUUGUGUUUGGGGGGUUUCUUUCCUGCUUGGCGGAAGAGUAAUGGCAGGCAGGGGGAAGGUUAGGGGUUUUGUUUUUCCUGCUGGUCGAGGUAGGGUGCGGCAACGGAGGGCUAUUCCUAAAGCCCCAACCCCUGCUUCAGCGCGCAGGCUUGACUUCUCUAAAGAUGGCACUUUGCCAGGGCGGCCUGCGGCCGGGCAGAAGCUAGGGGGGAGGGCCUCGCCGGCCAGGGAGGAAGAAGAAGUUCAAGUGGCAGGUGUGGAGGUGGUGCAGGCUGUCAGUCCAGCCAAAUCCACCUUGCAGCCCUCGGGGGGUACUGUGGGGGGUGGGAGCCCAGGGGUUGUGUCUGAGGAGUCCAUGGAAGAGGAAGUGCCUGUGCUUCUCCCUGGGCCUUCCCAGGCCAGUGCUGGCAGCGUGCCCAGGAAGAAACCAGCAGAAGAAACGCCACCAGCUAGGCGACGUCGUGUCGCAAGAGCUUCCGGCAGUGUGGUCUGGGAUCACUUUGAGCUUUGCGUUGGAGAUCCCAGCUAUGCUAUUUGUACCCACUGCAAGGUGCAUGUCAGCAGAGGCAGGGACCCUAAGCACUACAGCACGUCCGGUCUGCUGGUGCACCUGCAACGGCGACACAUGGAUGUGGUGGAGAUCUCUGCAGACAGUGGCACUAGGCUGCCACGUGUAAGUAGUAGUAGCAGCACCACCAAGAUGCAGCCAGUGGCUCCUGCUCAGAGGCGGGGGAAACUGACUGAGUGGUGGGUGCAGCAUCCGGGCAAGCGUUCUGAUCGUCUGAAGCCACAUCUCAUAACCCGGGCCAUUGGGGAGAUGAUUGCUCUGGACGACCAGCCUUUUAAUAUUGUGUGCAAUGUUGGCUUCCGCCGUCUGCUCCAGCUGCUCGCCCCAGAGUACAAGAUCCCAUCACGCACCACAUUCAGUAGGAGAGUGGUGCCAUCCCUUUACCGUGCUUGCAGGGAGGCUGUGUUGGGCAGGUUGCGCGCUGCUGGGCCCAGCACCAGUGUACAUUUCACUGCGGAUCUCUGGAUGAGCCGAAGUGGGCUGCACACUGCCUUCAUGUCCCUGACAGCUCACUGGUGGGGGCAUGGGGGUGAGGUGGCCUCUGAAUCUGCUGUAGCUGCACCCAUGUCCUCCCAUGCAUGCAAGCCUUGUUGGGCAGUGUUGCAUGUGGAGGCGAUGGACGCAGACCACAAGUCAGAGGAGCUGGUGGCGGUCAUGGACUGGCAGGUGGAGAGUUGGCUGUCUGGGGAGACAACCCUCAAGCGAGGCUUCAUGGUCACCGACAAUACAGCAAACAUUACUAAGGCGGCCAAGCAGGUUUACAGUGUGCACAUCGCUUGCACUGCACAUACAUUGAACCUGGUGGUGCAGGAUGCGCUUGGGCUUAAGGAGGCGAAGCUCAAGCCCUCUGGGUUUCAGCAAAAUCAGCUGAGUAAGAUUGGGGUAGGUUCAUCCACCACAGGCACUGAUGCUUCCAUAGCCGCUCUUGUGGACCGCUGCCGCAAGAUUGCUGGCCACUUCCACCGGAGCAAAAAGGCAAGGCAUCUGCUCAAGGCCAGGCAAACUGAGCUGGGCCUGCCUGAACACCUGAUACCCCAGGAUUUUCCUACCCGGUGGAACUCCACUUAUCUCUUGCUCCAGCGCCUGCAGGAGCAAGGGCCAGCCCUCCACAUCAUGGUAAAGCAUGGUAGUUUGGAAGUGUGUGACCUGUCCGAUUCAGACUGGAAGCUCAUUGCCGAGCUGGUCUUGGUACUCGAGCCGUUCCAUUCCGCCACAAGCAGCUUGAGUACAGAGGCAGCCACAUUGAGCCAGGCUUUGCCCGUGGCUUUCCUCCUCGAGAAGAACCUGGCCGAGCUCCAGUCUACUCUGACCACUGGGGAAGCAAUUGCCCUGGCAGGUCGGUUGAGGGCUGGGGUAGUUGAGCGGCUUAGGAAACCCUUGGGCUCAUCUGCAUGGCAUGUCUUGGCAUGCAUGUGCGACCCAAGGAUGAAGACAAAAGUUGUGCCCCAUUUGGAGCUUGAAAAGUGGAGGGGCAUCCUUGUUGAGCAUGUCCGGUGUGCAGAGGAGAAGAGGCUAGGGGCAGGCAAGGGUUGUGUUGAGGAGGACAACCAGGAGGAGGGGGCAUGUGCGCAGCCUGGCAGUGCGCAUUCCACCCCCUGCAGCAGUGCAACCACCACUUCUUCCAAGUCCAGCAGUGCAAUUUCUCUGGUGGUGGCACCGGAGGAGUGGCCACCAGUGCCACCUCAGCGUUCCGCCAACUGUUGGUUCACAGAGGGCUUUGAAGAUGCCUUGCCGGGGGAAUCGGAGGAGCCUGCCCCUCAAUGCAGCCGUGCUGAGGAAAGUGUUGCCCAGUACCUGAGUGAGCCGCGGGAAGACAAGGUGAUGGAGCCGUUCCUCUUUUGGGCAACCCAUCGCCAGGUAUGGCCGGACUUGGCAACCGUUGCUGUGUGGCUCCUCUCCUGUCCACCUACCAGGGUCUCGAGCGAGAGGUUGUUCUCCAUGGCCGGGGAUGUGGUGUCUCCUCUCCGUUCACGUCUGGAUGCUGAGUUGGUCGAGCAGCUGGUCUUCUUAAAGGCCAACCUCCCCCUGCUGGACUUCCCCGAGCUGGCCGUGGAGGGCGAGUGACUCGUGUCACCCCCCUAUGCUGCGCCUCCCACACCAUGGCAGCUCAGAAGUUGCAUGCUGCUGAUGUGAAAGACGUUAAGAAUUGCUUGAAAAAGUAGCAUUGAUGUCAAGAUGUGGUUGACGGAUGCCAAUGACCAAUGGUUUUUUUUUUUUUUAAAGAAGGAUGCUGCUUCCAUGCCUGCUGUUGCCGAUGCUGAUGAUGUGUGUUGUUGAUGACCAUGAGUUGCAAUAAAAAUAAUGUUUGCUGUCUGAGACUUUGGUUCCCCCCCCCCCCCCCACACACACACAACCAAGAAGUAAGGACUUUGUGUACCAGGCCAGGCAGAUCCUGAAACAAAGACUCUUGGACUUCGAAAUCCAACAAGAACUUUUUCGAAUCCCUGAUUGUACUAAAAGGAGGCUGGGUUUGAGCAGUUCUAGUUGGGGUCCUGCUGCUUAUUUGAAUGCCUUGAGCUUUACAUGCUAUCAGAGGGCCUUUUUUAGAGCAGACUUGAUAUGUUACCUUCAGCGGUGCUCUCAGAGAGGUUUCUGGGGAUUCCUAGAGAGGAUAGAUUAUGCCCAUGUGGUAUGGGGGAAGUCGAAUCCAUCCAGCAUGUUUUGUUGCGCUGUCCAUUACAUAGAAAUUUAAGAUGUUCCUUACUUACUCCUCUUCUGACACCCUUCCCAGGUUGCUCUGGAGAUUUUUAUGUUUCCUAUCUUCUUGCGGAUAGAACUUUAGAUGUCACCUUUAAGGUGGCUAAAUUCUGUUUGAUUGCAGUACUGUUGCGGCAGCAAGCUUUUCCUUGAUUAAUUUUAAAUUUUUAUUGAUCAUUUGUUUGUGGAUAUUCAUCUAUAUAUUUACAUAUUUCACUUCCUUAUUGUAUUUUUCUAUGCUAUGAGAUGUUUUGUUUAUGUUAUGUUAUGCUGACCUUGGGUCGCAAAUAAAGAACGUAAUGUGA